GGGAGCGGCGAAGAGGGAGGAAGACAGGACCAUGUCGAAGGGCCCCGGGCCUGGCGGCUCCGCGGCUUCCUCGGCGCCCCCGGCCGCCACCGCCCAGGUGCUGCAGGCGCAGCCCGAGAAACCGCAGCACUACACGUACCUAAAGGAGUUUCGCACAGAACAGUGCCCGCUCUUUGUGCAGCACAAAUGUACCCAGCACCGGCCCUACACCUGCUUCCACUGGCACUUUGUUAACCAGCGUCGCCGUAGGUCCACGCGCCGAGAUGGCACCUUCAUUAGCCCUGACAUCUACUGCACCAAGUAUGAUGAGACACAGGCUCUGCCAGAGGGAGAUGAGUGCCCAUUCCACAGAACCACAGGGGACCCCGAGCGACGGUACCACCUACGCUACUACAAAACUGGAAUCUGCAUCCAUGAGACUGAUUCUAAAGAAAAUUGCACCAAAAUGGCCUGCAUUGGCGCCUUUGCCCAUGGGCCCCAUGAUCUCCGCUCUCCUGUCUAUGACAUCAGGGAGCUCCAGGCCAUGGAGGCCUUACAAAAUGGUCAGACCGCAUCUGAGGGGAGUAUUGAGGGUCAGUCAGCUGUGGCCGCAAGCCACGCCAUGAUAGAGAAAAUCCUUAGUGAGGAGCCACGGUGGCAAGACACAACCUGUCUAGGGAAUUACAAGAGCUGAGCAGUGCAGAAGCCUCCUCGGCUCUGUCGCCAGGGAUACGCCUGCCCGUACUACCAUAACAGCAAAGACAGACGGCGGAGCCCCAGGAAACAUAAGUACAGGUCCUCCCCUUGCCCAAGUGUGAAACACGGGGAUGAGUGGGGCGACCCUGGCAAAUGUGAAAAUGGAGAUGCCUGCCAGUACUGUCAUACUCGAACGGAGCAACAGUUCCACCCGGAGAUCUACAAGUCCACCAAGUGUAACGACAUGCAGCAGUCGGGCAGCUGUCCCCGAGGUCCUUUCUGCGCCUUUGCCCAUGUUGAACGUAUGCUAUGCCAACUCCCCCCUCUUGGUGAGGACUUUCAGUCUUCUUCAGCUGUUCCCAGUCCUACACAGGCUGGCACCGUGAUGUACAUGCCAUCAGCAGCAGGGGACUCGGUGCCCGUGAGCCCCUCCAGCCCGCAUGCCCCAGACCUUAGUAAUAUACUUUGUAGGAACAGCAGUCUGGGUAGCCCAUCUAACCUCUGUGGCUCUCCCCCGGGCACCAUCCGGAAGCCACAGAACAUAGAAGGCAUCAGCUUUCCCGGGGAGGCGAGCCCGGCACCUGGGAGCUACAAGAAGGCACCUGGCUUUGAGAGGGAGGACCAAGCUGGAACUGAAUAUCUGAAAAGCUUCAAAUGCCAGGCCAAAAUAAAGCCCCACUCUCUGGAACAUAGGAGUCAGGAGCAGUCUCUGAUGCAGCCCAAACAGGACAUACUGGGCAUCCUCCCAGUGGGCAGCCCCCUGACCUCCAGCAUCUCUUCUAGUAUCACUUCCAGCUUGGCGGCCACCCCUCCCAGCCCCGCAGGCCCCAGCAGUGUCCCUGGCAUGAAUGCAAAUGCCUUGCCCUUCUACCCUACUAGCGACACAGUGGAAUCGGUCAUAGAGUCUGCCCUUGAUGACUUGGACCUGAAUGAGUUUGGAGUAGCUGCCCUGGAAAAGUCAUUCGACAACAGCACAGUGCCUCACCCAGGUGGCAUCAUGAUUGGUGGCAGUUUGUUACAGAGCUCUGCCCCUGUGAACAUCCCUGGCUCCCUGGGCAGCUCGGCUUCCUUCCAUUCUGCCUCUCCCUCCCCUCCUGUCAGCCUUUCCUCACACUUCCUCCAGCAGUCCCAGGGCCACCUGAGCCAAUCAGAAAACACUUUCCUGGGGACCUCAGCAUCACAUGGAUCAUUAGGUUUAAAUGGCAUGAACAGCAGUAUCUGGGAGCACUUUGCCUCUGGGAACUUCUCCCCAGGCACGUCGCCAGCAUUUCUGUCGGGCCCAGGGGCUGCUGAGCUAGCCAGGCUCCGACAAGAGCUGGAUGAGGCCAACGGAACCAUCAAGCAGUGGGAGGAGUCAUGGAAGCAGGCCAAGCAGGCUUGCGAUGCCUGGAAGAAGGAGGCCGAGGAGGCCAGUGAGCGGGCUAGUGCUGCUGGCAUGGAGUGUGAGCUGGCCCGGGAACAGCGGGAUGCCCUGGAGGUCCAGGUGAAGAAACUUCAGGAAGAGCUGGAGCGACUGCACUCUGGGCAGGACCCCCAGACCCUGUGUUCCUUCUCCGACCUAGAGGCCCUCUCCCUCUCCACCUUGUAUUCCCUCCAGAAGCAGCUCAGAGCCAACCUGGAGAGAGUGGAAAAGGUGGUAUUCCAGAUGCAGUCACCUGCAAAAUGUCUCAAGUGUCAAGAGCAGCAUCGGGUGGUGCUACAGUGCCAACACACCGUGCUGUGUGAGCUGUGUGCAGAGGACAGCGAGUGCCCAGUCUGCCACCCGAGCUGUGUCCGCCCGCCCCUCCAGUCAUGACCCACCAGGCAGGAUCACAGCACAUAGAACUUUUUAAAGUACAUAUAUAUGUGUGUGUGUGUCUGUGUGUGUGUAUGUACACAUACACACACACAGGCGCACACACAGACACACACACACACAUAUAUAUAUGUGUGUCUGUGCGUGUGUGAGGACAGAUGUAUGAAGGGUGUCUGUGUGUAUAUCUGUAUAUAGAUAUAGACACACACUUAAAACAGAGCUGAGUUACCAAGCACUUUUAACAAAAUAUUUUGCAGCCCUAUCCCUGCCCACUCCCCUCCCUUUCCUGCUUUAGAAACAAAUUUGUCCCCCACCCCAAGCCCCUGCGGCAGAGUCUCUUUAUGUCUCUUUUUUAAAUUUAGGAAAUAAGUUUUAAAAAAAUCUUUAUUGGGACAAAAAACAAUUGAGGGGGACCUCUUCCUUGGAGGUCUAGGCUCCUGGGGAAGCAGAAACCCAGAAAAGGUGGGCCUAUCCCAAGGUCCCCCCCCCCCCUGCCCCUAACCUGAGGGACCAUAGACACUAGUCUUGGUACCAUCACCUUUUUAAAGUAGGAAACUCUUGGAAUCCUGAGGUGAUUCUGAGUUGUUGGAGGUGAUGAGGGUGAUGGUGGCUGAGAAACUUCCACUAAAGUGUGUUGUAUUUUUUAAAAUAAGAUUUGCAUUCUAAUCAGCUGAAGAGCUGGCUGGCCCUGAGCAGUGGAGAGCCCACCCAUUGGAACCCUAGAGGGGUCGCCCAACAGUUCUCUGCCUUCCAAAACUUAGAGGUGUCUCAGUGUUCCCUUGUGGCGGCAGAAGGUUAAGAAACUCUUUCAAAAUGUUAGAAAUUAAGAGGGUGUCGGGGGAGAGAAAGCCUGCUGCCCUGAACGGUUCCUGAAUGGAGGGCUUGGGGUGGAGAGCAUAGCAGAAGUAGGGUCAGUGGUGCUGUCUUUUGUAAUCUCCCCUUCUCUCUAGCACUUUUCCCGGGGCCCUUGCCAGUCCAGGGCCCUCCAUUCUCACAAGUUGUUCUAAUCUAUGAAUGAUGGAGGCCGCCCGAGGCCACUAGUAAUGCAGUAACCAGGACAUGGGGACCCCUGUACCAACACAGUGUCCCAAAACUCUGGGCUCCCUUCCAGAAACCCCCAUUGACAAGUGUCCAGUGGGCACGUGUAGGAGUGCAUGGUGAGUGCCUGUACUCACACUCACGUGUAAAAUCUGUGGGCCGUGUGUAUGUGGCAUGGGCAGGGUUUUCACAAACCUUGGCUAGGUAUUUGGGCUCCAGCUCUGUAUUUUUUUGCAUUCUGGUGGCAUGGGGUAGACUGGGGAUUGGCCCAGGAAACUUGUCCCUAAGAUUGCUGGUACUAAUCUUUCUGUGCCCCCCUGGCUUUGCCCUCUGUUGCCCCUUCAUAUGCUCCACCCUUCUCCCAGGCUUCAGGCAGCUACUUGGGGGAAACCCCAAACUGGAGGAGGGUGAGCUGGCCUUCUGUGGCAUGAGCUGAGGACCAAGGGCAGACGGAGCAGGCAGCCACAGGGCCCUGCUUUCCCCGCCAGGGAGGGGGGUAAAGAUGCAUUCCCAGGUGCUUUCCAAGUGCAGCUGUUUUUCAGUCACUGUUUUCAGUGAGGACGUGUGUGUGUGUGUGUGUGUGUGUGUGUGUGUGCGUGCGUGUGCAUGUGUGUGCGUGUGCGUGUCUAAUGUAUAUGAUUGUCUUAGCUUCCAUUUUAAAAAUUCUUUUGUACAGAGAGAUCCUGGGCUUGGGGGGGUGGGGAUGGUUGGAGAUGGUGGUGAUCCCUGGCACAGUGGCUGGGUGUCUGUACCAUGUGGUGGGGGUGGGGGAGGAAGCCUGGACCAUGGUCUCUACUCUUCCUCUUCAAGCCCCCAUGGGCUCAACAAGAAAAGGGCUUUUGAUGAAAUAGGUGAAAUUUUUCUCUUUUUUAAAAAGAUACUGAAACAAACAAAAAAAACCCCCCACACACACACACCCUCCCAGCCAUUGGAAAUAAAGUAUGAAAUUGAAGUUAUUGUGAAUUCA